AUGGCCAAGACCUCAGCUGACACGAAGAAGGCUUCGCCGAAGAAGGACAAGACUAGCCCCCUUCCUCCUCAGCUUCUUGCCGCUGUCUCUUCCUUCUUGUUCGACAAUGGCUUUGCCGGUGCCAGCGCCUCCCUUGCGAAGGACUUGAAGAAGGCUGGUCAGGCUCAGGCCGAGGCGAAGAAUGUCCCGUCUCUCUUAGACAUCUACCAGUCGUGGGAGAAAUCCGCCUCGAAGGAUUCUUCUAGCUCCGACAGUGAUAGCAGCGAUUCCGACAGCGACAGCAGCUCCAGUUCCGACAGCGAUGCUAGCGACUCGGACAUUGAGAUGGAAGACGCGCCCAAGAAGGAUAUCAAGGCUGCUCGCGCCGCCUCACCCGCUUCGUCUUCUUCUUCUUCUAGCUCUAGCUCUAGCUCUGAAAGCGACGCCGACGACGAGAGCGAGGACGAGGCCGUUCGCAUUCCUUCCCCCGCUGUGAAGAAACAGACUGGCACUAAGCGCAAGGCUGAGUCCAGCAGUGAGUCGUCUUCUGACUCUAGCUCCGACUCUGACUCUUCUGAGGACGAGGCCCCCAAGUCCAAGAAGGUCAAGGUCUCCAGCUCUGACUCCAAUUCCUCUGAUUCCUCGAGCUCUAGUGACUCUAGUGACUCUAGCGACUCUAGUGACUCUAGUGACUCUAGCGACUCUAGCGACUCAUCUGAUUCCUCUGACUCGGACUCUGACUCUGACUCUGGAUCUUCUGAGUCCGAGGAGUCCGCCAAAAAGGCCGAUGCCAAGGCCCUGAAGCAGGCGAAGAAGACUCCUCUUCCCGAAUCCAGCAGCUCGGCUUCCUCUUCGUCUUCUGAUAGCUCUGAUAGCUCUGAUGAUGAGAAGACUGGCGGUGUUUCCGUUUCAAAGAACGAUUCUGACACGAGUGCUACCCUGUCUGCUCCCGCUGAACAGACUUCCUCCUCCAGCGCCAGCCCUGCCCCUGGCAACGGCCCGGCUAAGAAGAAGCACGUCGGUGCUCGCCCUACGCCCCUCGCUCUUCUGAGCCAGGAGCCCUUCGAUGGCCCCGUCAAUGACUACGUUUCCUACGCCUAUGCCGAUCGUGCCUACGCCGACCUCUCGGUCACCCGUGGCAAGGGCUUCACCAAGGAAAAGAAUAAGAAGAAGCGCGGCUCUUACCGUGGCGGCCCCAUCGAUAUUUCCGGCGGCAAGUCCUUCAAGUUCGACGACUAA